CACAAGAAUCAAUUAAUAAACUCACUCACUUACCAUUUCUUAUUAUUAUUGAUUCCAAAAUCAUGAUCAAAAUUCCACCAAACCUUCAAAUUCCUCAUUGGGACGCAACACAAAACCACGAGUGUUUCAUUUCAAACGACUCAGAAAUACACAUUUCCAGCACCGAAGUUUUCUCCACGGAUCAAUUCCGAAUGUUCGAAUUCAAAGUUAGAAAAUGCCAGCGUGGCAGGGCCCACGACUGGACAGAAUGUCCCUACACCCAUCCCGGCGAAAAAGCCCGCCGGAGAGACCCUCUAAAAUAUAAUUACUCCGCCACUCCAUGCUCGGAGUUUCGCAAAGAUAACUGCAUCAAAGGUGAUUCUUGCCACUUGGCUCACGGCGUCUUCGAAUGUUGGCUCCAUCCUUCUCGUUACAGGACUCAGCUUUGCAACGACGGAAUCUCUUGCCGGCGACGAGUUUGUUUCUUUGCUCACACUGUUGAUCAACUCCGUAACGCUUCGCCUGAAUCAGUUGUUUCAUCUCCUACUUCGGUUCUUAACGCUUCGCUGAUCCCCGAUUCUCCACAGGGAAAUUCCCGAUACGGCGUCGUUCCGGUAAGCGCGAGGGAAUUAGUUGGAUUAAUGCGCAAUGUUCAAUUUGAGGAUUCGGGUCGGGUAUCGCAGAUGGGUUGUGUAUUCGGGUCUCCGCGAGGUGGGUUUUUGAGUGUUCCAUCAAGCCAUGAAGGAGUUGCUAUGGAGAGAGUGGAAUCGGGAAGAGAUCUUAGAGCGAAAAUCUAUGGGAAAUUCAGUAGGGUGAGCUCCAAUGAUGCUAUUCCUGAUAUUGGAUGGGUUUCGGAAUUGGUUAUGUGAAUUUGGAAGAGUUCAUGAUUUUGCUAUAUUGUUGAAUGAUGAUUCAAAUGGAAUAAACCAAUUUCAGCAUUCAUUGUCUGAUAUUGGUUUAUCGACAAGUGAUGUAUGUGAAGUGUGGGCAUAUUCAAAUUCCAUGAGAUGAGACUUUUGGUGUGUCUCUGUUUUCUAAUUCAUUUUCUGACUUUUUGUUUUCUUCUUGUAUUAAGAUUUGUUGAACAUUGGUUAGCAUUUUAUUGUGUUCAUUGUUUUUUUUAUUAUUUAAACUUGUUGUGAUCUUGUCUUCAUUUUCUGUUGUGUUUGGAUGUCUAUGAGUCAACAGAAGAAGCUUGAAGAAUGAUGUAUCUUUUUUUUCCUUAAAGAAUGAUGGUAGACUUUUUUUAUCUU